AUGGCUAGCCCUCACCACAUUCCCACCAUCGAGCUCAAUGACGGCUCCGUCAUGCCCGUUAUCGGGUAUGGCACUGGGACUGCUUGGUACAAGACCUCGGACAGCGGGAUCAACCGGGAGCUGGUCGAUGCAGCGAAGAACGCGGUGAACUUGGGUUAUCGCCAUCUGGAUGGAGCAGAAGUCUAUGGAACCGAGGAAGAACUGGGUCGCGCUAUUCAGGAAAGUGGACUGCCUCGCGACAAGCUGUUCGUGACCACCAAGGUUAUCACCAAUAUUGCCGAUAUCCCUUCGGCCAUUGACUCCAGCUUGAAGAAACUCGGUCUCGAUUAUGUCGACCUGUAUCUGAUCCAUGCCCCAUUCUUUGCCAAGACGGACAGUGAGCUUCAAGCUGCCUGGGCUGAAAUGGAGCAGGUCAAGGCCUCUGGAAAGGCUCGAUCUAUCGGCGUGUCCAACUUUGUGCAAAGUCAUCUGGAGACAAUCCUCAAGACUGCCCAGGUCGUGCCGUCCGUGAACCAGAUCGAGUACCACCCGUACCUCCAGCAUGGGAAGCUGCUGGAAUUCCACGAGAGGGAGGGUAUCAAGACAGUUACCUACUCCGGUCUGUCGCCAGUUAAUCGCGCGCGAGGCGGACCACUGGAUCCGCUUUUAGCGGACUUGGCCAAGAAGUACGCGGUUGAUGAAUCGGAGAUCCUGAUACGCUGGACUCUUGACCGAGGCUGCAUUCCUGUUACGACGAGCAGCAAGGAACUUCGUCUCGCCAGCUAUCUGCGUUCUUUGACGUUUAAAUUGACCCCUAGGGAGGUGGAGGAGAUCUCGACUCUCGGGGAGCAGAAGCAUUUCCGCGCAUACUGGGAGGAUGUUUAUGCCGCUGAUGACCGGACUUAG